AUGCAUAAUUAGUUCCGUCUUCCGAUGGCCACCGCCGUUUUACUCAGAUCUCUUCGCCGCCGAGAUCUUGCUUCCUCUUCUCUCUCUGCUUAUAAAUCGUUUGUUGGAAAUGCCAAAUGUUUUCAACACGUUCAAGUGUGGCAAGACUGGCUAGACCAUUCAGCACACGAAGUAAUGUUGUGGGAAAUGAAGUCAUAGGCAUAGAUUUGGGCACCACAAACUCUUGUGUUGCUGUAAUGGAGCGCAAAACUCCCAAAAUAAUCCCGAAUUCGGAAGGAUCUCGAACAACUCCAUCGGUUGUAGCCAUCAACCAGAAAGAAGAAUUACUCAUUGGCACCCCAGCAAAACGUCAAAAUGUCACCAAUCCAACGAAUACGCUGUUCGAGAGCAAGCGUUUAUUGGGAAGAAGGUUUGAUGAUCCACAAGUACAGAAGGAAAUGAAGUUGGCUCCCUUCAAAAUUAUUAGGGCUCCCAAUGGGGAUGCCUGGGUUGAGGCCAACGGAAAUCAGUAUUCUCCUAGCCAAGUUGGAGCCUUUACACUGACUAAACUGCGUGAAGACGCCGAGGCUUACAUGGGAAAGCAAGUCAACAAGGCUGUAAUCACAGUGCCGGCUUACUUUAAUGAUGCUCAAAGGCAAGCUACAAAAGAUGCCGGGCGAAUCGUGGGUCUCGAUGUCCAGAGAAUCAUCAAUGAGCCGACUGCUGCUGCACUUGCAUAUGGUUCCGGCAACAAAGAAGGCCUAAUUGCUGUCUUUGACCUUGGUGGUGGCACCUUUGAUGUCUCCAUCUUGGAGAUAGCUAAUGGCGUAUUCGAGGUGAAAGCAACAAAUGGAGACACCUUUUUGGGAGGAGCAGACUUUGAUAAUGCUUUGUUGAAGUAUUUAGUAAAUGAGUUUAAGAAAACUGAGUCAAUUGACCUGACCAAAGAUACAAUGGCCCUCCAAAGGCUGCGAGAUGCAGCUGAGAAAGCUAAAAUCGAACUCUCAUCAACCACACAGACAGACAUUAAUCUUCCAUUUAUUACAGCUGAUGCCAGCGGCCCGAAGCAUUUGAACAUCACGUUGACGAGAUCAAAGUUCGAGAAUAUUGUCAAUGACUUGAUCGAGAGGACUAAAGAUCCUUGCAACAAUUGUUUGAAGGAUGCGGGCAUUAGUGCACAUCAGGUUGAUGAGGUACUGUUAGUUGGCGGUAUGACCCGAGUUUCAAAGGUACAGCAAGUUGUUGCAGAGCUUUUUGGUAAGUCACCUAGUAAAGGUGUGAACCCUGAUGAGGCAGUAGCCAUGGGAGCAGCCAUCCAGGGAGGUAUUCUUCAGGGUGACGUGAAGGAUCUCUUGCUUCUGGAUGUCACUCCACUUUCUCUUGGGAUUGAGACAUUGGGAGGUGUAUUUACUAGAAUGAUCAACAGGAACACCACUAUUCCUACAAAGAAAAGCAAGGUUAGACAGAAGUCAGGGAAUUUUUCAGUAUUAUAUACUCUUUCUGUCCCAAAAUGAUUGUCUUUUUUUUUUAAUCGAAACUUUUGGUUUUGGUAUGGUUAAUAUCAGGUGUUUUCGACAGCUGCUGACAACCAAACUCAGGUGGGUAUUAAAGUUUUGCAAGGAGAGAGGGAGAUGGCAUCUGAUAACAAGCUUUUAGGUGAGUUUGAGCUGACAAGUAUCCCUCCAGCAAUGAGGGGCACCCCACAAAUUGAGGUCACAUUUGACAUUGAUGCAAAUGGAAUUGUUACGGUUUCUGCAAAGGACCAAGCCACGAGCAAAGCGCAACAGAUCACGAUUCGUUCAUCGGGGGGUUUAUCAGAAUCCGAGAUUGAGAAGAUGCUCAAGGAAGCUGAGAAGCAUUCGCAGAUGGAUCAGGCAAGGAAGGAAUUGAUUGAGGUUAAGAACCAAGCUGAUGUCACGGCCUACAGUGUGGAGAACAGCUUGAAUGAGUACAGGGACAAAAUUCCAGCAGAAGUGGCUUCUGAGAUUGAGGCAGCUGUGCGCCAACUGAGAGAGGCAACGACAACCACCAGCGACAGUGGUGACAUUAAAGCGAAGAUCGAUGCAACAAACAAGGCGGUCUCCAAGAUCGGAGCCCAUAUGUCUUCUGCUUCAGGUGGAUCAGGAUCAGGAUCAGGUGUUGAAGGAAGUUCUUAGCGUGGCGUCCCAACUAAACCCUCUAUCCAAUACGGGCAGUUCAAUCAAUGGGACGGACGACUGCCUAGCUCGCGCCAAGACUCAAACAAUUAAAUCACUUGCAUUUUUCUUUAGUUAGCGGAAUAAGAUUUAUCAUGAUAAGAAACGAACUCUUCUGUUCUUCAGUAGGAAACUAGAAACAAAAA